AUCCUACUCAUUAUUUAUGAUGUGUUCCCUGAUGCAUGCAAAGAGCUUUAAGAUGCAGGUGAGCAGGUAGUGUCUUCCCCAGCAGAUGUAGCUGAAAGAAUUGACAGAAUUUUUACAAUGUUGCCUAUGAGUGUCAAUGCAAUAGAAGAUUAUUCUGGAGCAAAUGAAAUUCUAAAAAAAGUGAAGAAAGGCUCACUUUCCAUAGAUUGCAGUACUAUCGACGCCACAGUUUCAAGAGAAUUGGCCAAAGAAGUUGAGAAAAUGGGAGCAGUUUUCAUGGAUGUCCCUGUUCCUGGUAGUGUGGGAGCUGCUCUGUCUGGAAACCUCCUAUUUUUGGUGGGAGAAGUCAAAGAUGAAUUUGCUGCUACAAAGAGUUGCUGCGGUGCAUGGACUCCAAUAUGGAGUACUGUGGAGCUGUUGGGACUGGGCAGGCUGCAAAGAUCUGCAACAACAUGAUUGCUAUUAGUAUGAUUUCAACUGAUGAAGCUAUGAAACUUGGAAUCAAGUUAGGGCUUGACCCAAGACUGCUGGUUAAAAUCCUAAAUAUG